AUGGACAGCCUAUUUAAUCGAAGAAACCAUCUUAAAGGUGUUCAGCAUCAGCAGGCACGGAAGGUACACUAUGAUAAAUUUCUCGAUCCCAAAGAAAGGCUGGAUAUAGAAAAAGGCAAAAAACCAUGUAUUUCUUUCCGUAAUUCAGGUUCUUGCAGUUACGGUGUUUUGUGCAAGUAUUCUCAUCUCACUGUAGAAGAAAUCCAGAUUUUGGAGAAAAAAGCUAUUUAUUGCUUCAUCUUACACCAGCCAUCUAAGUUCAGAAGUUUUAAAAUAAAAGAAGACACACAUAAACGUUUGAUUUUACGGAAAACAGAAAGAAGUAUGAGGAUAUAUAUACAUCUUGUAACAAUUCAACUAUAUGUUGCAUAUCACAUGUUUUGUAUUGCCUCAGUGCAUGUACAAGCUAAAAGUCGGUGUAUAGCAACUGUAAGUAAUGAUGGUUCACCACCAUUCAUAUGUGAUAAUGAGAAACUAAUUCUGGAACCACAGGAACUACUUUACGAUGAUGAACAAAAUGAAGUAAUUUUCGAACUGGCUAAUGAAAAUGAUAUAUUUCAACAGCGGUCAUCAGCACCAUUUUUAAACAAUAAAAGAGCUUUUGUUCAACUGGGAAAAAAAGGAUUUGUUCGUAUUGGCAAACGUGGAUUUGUACGGAUUGGACGUUAAUCUACGUCACAGAAUAAAACA